AAACCCAAAAAAAAAAACUAUUCUAGAAAUCCUACUUCCCUUGAUCCCUUCUCACUUCCCAUUUCCUUCCUCCAUACCCUUCACUCUCUCUCCUCUAUAGAACAUACGAACAAAAAAUCACACACCUUCAAACAGAGGAGAGAGAGAAAAUAAAAAACGACGAAAUCAACCCAAAAUUUAGUCAUCUUCUUAAAAUUUCCAUCAUCAGUACAAAACAAAACAAAACAAUAACUCCUGUAGAAAAAAUCCGCCAUUGUUGUGCACACUAAGUUUUUUUUUCUCUCUCUCUCCUCUCGUCCGAUGCUUAACAGCGUCUCAUCUUCGAGCUUAUACAGCAACAUCGGCGGACUAUUUCUGUUCUUAAGCGGCGGCGCCGGCGGCCAACAUGGAAGCGGCGCUACUGUAGCCGUCGCUUUUACUGCUGUUGCUGGUCUCGCUGUUUUCGCCGCCAUUGUUUAUACUCGUAGUGGUCAUCUGAAGUCACCAUGGUCUCGCAAGAGAAGGAAACAUGCCCUCACACCGCAGCAAUGGAGAAACUCGUUUGCACCAGAUGGAAAACUUCAUGAUGGUGGAAUGAAGCUUCUGAAAAAAGUUCGAAGUGGGGGUAUUGAUCCCAGCAUUAGAGCGGAGGUUUGGCCUUUCCUUCUUGGCGUCUAUGAUUUGAACAGCUCCAAAGAAGAAAGAGAUGCUGUCAGAAAUAAGAAUAGGAAGGAGUAUGAGAAACUCAGGAGACAAAGUCGCCGUCUAUUAAAGCAACUCGAUGAGAAUUUGGGGCUCGAUAGCAAUGGGAAUAGUGAGAGCUGCAUUCCGGACCCCGGUUCACCUGCCUCAGAUGAUGUGGUUAGUGCUCGAGAGUCCCUCUCCAGUGAGAGGGGAAGUUCUGAUCUUGAGUACUCGGAAAAUAAUUCCAGUUCAGUAUUGGAUAGGACUAAUAGCUCCCGACGGGUCACAAGUUCUAGUCCUUCUGUAAUCUACAGUGAUUCAUCUGACAUGGGAUCAUCUGAAGAUGAGCAACUUGAUGAACAAGCUUGUUCCCCUCCAUCUGAGCAAGAAAAUGAUACUAUUGAUGUGGCUUCAAAGGGAGACCUUUCCCCUUCUAAGACAAAUAUGCAGUCUAAUAUCUGCCGUACUGAAGAUUUUGCCAGUUGGCAGCGGAUUAUUCGUCUUGAUGCUGUGCGUGCCAAUGCAGAAUGGAUCCCUUAUUCUCCUUCGCAGGCUUCUGUAUCAGAAGACCGGGCAUGCCGUUCUGCUGAAGCUGUCAGGCUUAAAGACUAUGAUCACCUUGAGCCAUGCAGGAUUUACCAUGCUGCUCGAUUGGUUGCAAUACUUGAAGCCUAUGCUGUGUAUGACUCUGAAAUUGGUUACUGUCAAGGUAUGAGCGAUCUUCUUUCCCCGAUAAUCUCAGUGAUUGAAGAGGACCAUAUGGCAUUCUGGUGCUUCGUGGGUUUUAUGAAGAAGUCCCGUCAUAACUUCAGGCUCGAUGAGGUUGGAAUCCGUCGACAACUCAAUAUUGUGGCCAAGAUUAUAAAGCACAAAGACGCUCACCUUUACAAACACUUGGUAAAGCUCCAGGCAGAGGAUUGUUUUUUUGUGUACAGGAUGGUGGUUGUCCUUUUUAGGCGGGAGUUAAAUUUUGAGCAGACACUCUGCCUUUGGGAGGUGAUGUGGGCUGAUCAGGCUGCACUUAGGGCGGGGAUUGGCAAAUCAGCAUGGAGCAGAAUAAGACAACGUGCCCCGCCAACUGAAGAUCUGCUAUUAUUCGCCAUUGCUGCUUCUGUAUUGCAGAGAAGAAAACAAAUUAUCGAGAAGUACAGUAGCAUGGAUGAGAUCUUGAGAGAGUGCAAUAACAUGGCUGGGCAUCUUGAUGUCUGGAAACUACUAGAUGGUGCGCAUGAUCUGGUUAUGACUCUUCAUGAUAAAAUUGGUACAACCUUCUGACUGACAACUGCUUAAGGUGUUGUAUCACUUCUUUUUUCUUGAAGGGUAAGGUGUUGUAGCACUUGGUACAGAGCCAUGUUUGAAAAAUUAUGAACCUUGGGCGAAUUUCCAAAGCUUGUAACGCGUUCUUUGAUUCUUCCAAUAUUUCGAGAUGGCAAAAAAUAAUUUGUUCA